CAGACUUUCAUGGCUUCCAGGUUCAUAGUUUUUUUCUUCCAAGGGUCAUUUUGACUUUCAGUAGUCACUAAUAAACCUAUUAAGCGUCAGAAUGGUCAUAUAUUUGACUUAUGCGUUGGUGUUUGCAUACCUUGCCAUGCCUGGAAUCUUACUUGGGGAUUUGGCUUUCCGAUGCCAAAGUUGUACCGCGGAGCAUCAAGCUGCGUGUCCCACAGUCACAGCAGCAUGUCCAGAAAUAGUUAGGGAGCCGGGCUGUGGCUGCUGUCCACAGUGUGCCAGGGUGGAAGGGGAGCCUUGUGGGGUCUAUACACCGAGGUGCUCUGGCGGCCUCAGGUGCUACCCGAGCACAGAGUCUGAAUUACCUUUGCAACAACUUAUCCACGGUUUAGGACGAUGUGGACAAAAAGUGGACUUGGAUGUCACAACAAGUCUGGACCAGCAGGCUACAAAUGAGGUGCAUGGGACUGAGAAUCCUUUUACCAAAAGACCUGCGAUAGAUGCCUGGAUUUGGCAGGAGUCCGCCCGGAAACAAGCCCUGAAUGAGCGCAGAACCAAGAUGAAGACAAAUCAACUAGAGGACCCUCGAAUCCAGAGAGUGAUAAAGAGCGCCUGUCAGCAGGAGCUGGACAGGGUCUUAGAGGAGAUCUCCAAAAUGACCUCUGAGGAUAACAGAGGCCCGCUGGAGGACCUGUAUGGACUCAAAUUUCCAAACUGUGACAGACAUGGACUCUACAACCUCAAACAGUGCAACAUGUCCACCCAUGGCCAGCGAGGCGAGUGCUGGUGCGUUAACCCCUUAACCGGGGUCCAGAUUCCAGCGACGCCUAAAGUAAGAGGGGAUCCCAACUGUAACCAGUUUGAGGAAGAUCUCAGACUAAUGUCUACUGCAGCACCGUUUCACUAGCACAGUCCAGCACAUCCUGUGACAGGGUUGGGUUUUCUCGACAAUUCCAAAAUCAGGGAGGAUUUUGGAAGUUGAACAAGAUGUUGUUGUAUUUUAAGGCUUUUGUCUUUUUCACUAGGUUUAAGGGUUAAAUAUUGUUCCUGUUGUCAAAGUAUCUAAUAUAAAAACACCAAAACCAA